AUGGACGUUCAAGGGCGAGAGACCAAACGCCCACCUCUCCCAGACGAGUCUGGGCGAGAACCAAAAGAAAUGAAUCUCGUCCAGCGACAGCCACCGCCAUCCGGCACAGCAGCAGGGCACAUGAUGUAUCCCCCAGACUGGCAGGUGGCACGACAGGACCCAGUUUAGCUCCCCAAGAAGUUCAACUUGCCGACACUGAACCUUCAGCAGCCAGGAGGAAGCAGGGGCCAACGGAAGGCAAAGGCGUGGUCUAACCCCAACAUGCGGCUGGUGCCCCGCAGUCCCCCAGGCACCUCUGACAGACAUCCCACAUCAGCGGAAGCAAAGCCUGUGCGGGACAAGAACACAGGGACCUCCCAGAGGCACACGCACCUCCCGUCUGCAGCCCAGCAUCAGGAGGGGCACAAAUUCCCAAGGAUGGUGAUGGGACUCCGAUCAGAGGCCAAGGCCGUGAAGUGCGGUCUGCCUCUUCCGGGGCCCCAGAGCGGCCUGGACAGCCAGUGUGAGCAGAAGGUGAGCCCCCGCACUGACCUCGUCGGCUCCCUGCGGACCCUGGGUGUGGAGCGGGACCUGGCCCCGGCCACCAUCGCUGUCAUCGGGGACCAGAGCUGGGGCAGGAGCUCCGCUGGACGCUCUGUCGGGGUCGCCCUCCCCAGAGGCAGUGCCGCCACCUGGACAAAUGCAGGUCCUGUGGCCGAAGCCCGAGGCCUGACUCCGGCCCGGGAGUCCUGGGGGCCCUCAGACACUGAGCCGCGACUCCGGCUCGUGUGGCGGACAGAGCAGCACCGUGGGGACGUGGCCACGACCAUCCUGGACAUCAUCUCGUUUCAAGAGUGUCCCCCUAGCCCCUGGCCCCUCAGUGUGACCUCCUCUGCUGGAGGCUUGCAGAAACGGCUGGGGAAAAACACCCCGGACCUGCUGACCCAGAACACCAUAGCUGGCCUCGGAGUUAGCAUUAGCCAUGAGCUCAUCAGGCUGGAGAUCAUCCCUGAGGUUCUGGAUCUGACCCUCAUUGAUCUUCCCAGCAUCACCAGCAUGGCCGUGGGAAACCAGCCCCAGGACAGCAGACUGCAGGCAAGGCUUCUGGUGCACUCAUACAUCCAGGGGCAACAGACCAUCAACUUGGUGGUGGUCCCCUGUAACGUGGACAUUGCCAGCACAGAGGCACUGAGCGUGGCUCAGGAGGUGGACCCCAAUGGAGACAGGGCCAGAGGAGAUCAGAUCACGAACAAGCUGACGUUGGCGGAGGCAACGAAGGAAGAAAUGUUCUUCUAGACACAUCGGUAUUUCAGAAAUCUGUCAGCCAACUCCAUCAAGCUGCGGAGUGUCAUCGUUCGCUAUUGUUUUGUUCAGAAAUCACUCCCGUCGUUAGAAAAGCAAAUAAGGGAGAGCCACCGGAGGGCGACAGAGAGGCCGCACCUGUGUGGAGACGGCAUCCCCAGCAACGAAGCGGAUAAAAGAACAUUUUAUCUUCGGAAAAUUAAGGUGUUUAAUCAGGACCUCGGAAAGUUAGGAGAAAAAGUCAUAAGGCAGAACGAGACCUGCUUAUACAACAAAAUCAGGGAGGAGUUUAAAAACUGGGUUCUCACACUUACAGCCAAAACAAGGGCGAGAAAAGAAGGAACACGUUUCUCUUUCUUAUCCAACCAGGACAAAGUUGAAGACAUGGAAACGAAACAAGCAGAGGCAGCAGAAAAUCGGGUCCGACUUCAGUUUGGAAUAUGGAACAGCUGGUUUUGUCAAGACCAGAUUUACCGCGUGGUUCUGAACAGAGUCCGGGAAGAGGUUUUUACCCCAGUGGGCAAUCCUGUGCAGGACCUUGAGGAAUGCCUGAUACUAGAGUUCGGGGCAGCACAGAAAGCGCCUUGCCGUGGUUGGAUGCUGACCACUGGAGUGGGGUGGACAGGACCACCGGGACCUCUCGAGGCAACUAUCCACUCAUCCGAGAAUCCCAAGGCUUCACUGCAAGCACAGGCCGAGACCCCUCCGGCUGACCCUUCUUCCUCCCUCUUCCAGGAAACCAGCAAACGUCUGGCCAAGCAGAUCUCAUUCGUAAUUCAAUAUUUCAUGCUGCAGCGAACGGGCACUCCCUUACAGAAAGCCACGAUGCAGAUACUGCAGGAGACAGAUCACUAUUCCCGGCGGCUUCAGGAACCCAGCGACGCCUCCACCGAGAGGAGGUUCCUUAAGGAGAAAACUGACCGGCUCAGGCUCUCUGGAAAUCAUCCAGUUAAAGGGGGCAGAUGCACAAAAGGGCAGCAAUGCUUUGGGGUGUUUCCCGCCGUGCAUUCACCGUGAGAUGGCCCACGAAGUGGCUCCACAUCUGGGACCGCACUCUGUCGCCUUCCGUGUCCACCUUCGCUGGAUUGCACGCAGCACCAGAGUUUGGGUUUGACAGGCACACACGCCCGGGGCGGUCCCCUCUGCCGGGAGAGAUGGCUCUCCGGGCCUUGGGCCCCACAGCCCCCCCAGUUACGGGGUUCUCAAAUACUGCUCUCUUUCUUUGUUAAUUCAUCUUCCCCACCAUCAGAUUAUAAGACCCCAGAGCGGGGAGGUCCGUAUCGUAUUCUUCUUUGGUAUUUCCGGGAUCUUACAUGGCACCUGUUACCUAGUAG